AUGUCAAUGAUUGCCCUUGGUGCUGGGAAAGAGAUGUACGGCUCCCCGUUAGAACCCAAGCCUGGAAUUCGGCUGAUCAAUAUAUCAAUAACUAACCAAUCAGUUGCCUCUAGGCAAGAGUUUUACGUACGGUUUAAAGGACCGGAGGAGACCCCAUUCGCCGGUGGAAUCUGGAAGGUACACGUCGAACUGCCUGACCAAUACCCGUAUAAAAGCCCAAGCAUCGGCUUCGUGAACCGGAUUUACCACCCGAACAUUGAUGAACUGUCUGGAUCUGUUUGUCUCGAUGUCAUCAACCAAACCUGGUCUCCCAUGUACGAUAUGAUCAACAUAUUCGAAGUCUUCCUCCCACAACUCCUUCGCUAUCCUAAUCCGUCGGACCCGCUAAAUGGUGAUGCGGCGGCAGUUCUCUUGCGUGAUCCCAAAAAGUACGAAGCCAAAGUUAGAGAGUAUGUUGCCAAAUAUGCAAGCAAAGAUGCUGCCGAUGAUGCUGGAGAAGACACAGAAGAUGAUGGUGAAAUGAGCUCCGUGGGUAGCUACGAGUCUGGCGGCGAGGAGCCAGCUGGCGAGAUGGACGAUGUCUAA